AUGACAGAUGCCAUCGAAGGCUCCGUGUUGGGCAGAUUAGUAAGCUGCCUCUUCCGCAAACGGCAUAUGGUGCACAUGGCUUGGCAGGGUCCGGAGCUGGGCCUGGAGUUUCUGGCGCUGCCACAGGGAGCCUGUGACAUUCUCAUUCCCUCACGUUUCGCAGGCAUCACUUCUGGGAAACCAAUCGCGCCGUGGACCUUGAUACAAGACCCCAGCAAAUUAUCCGACUUGCCCGCUCCUCCAGGAUUUGAAAAGAAGGGCAAGGGCAAAGGUAAGUGCAAGAGCGGCACUGCUCCAAAGGGAAAGCCAAGCGGAAUCGCAAGCUUUACACAUCAGGAAGGCAAAGGCAAAGGAAGCGGCGGGCGUGGUCCGGACAUCGAGGUCAGGAGCGGCUCCAUCGCUAUCGGGCGCUUUGGAGUACAGUCCGACGCUCCGCAGAUCGGACAUUUUUAUCCGGAGGAGUUGCGAAUCAGCACGUGUGCUUGCACUUCCCACAUGGAAGUUCAAGGAUGCUGCAUGGUGCCCAAUGUGCUUCCGAGCCCUCUUUGUGACGAGAUGGCCGGCAUUGUGGACGGCUUGCUCAACGAAGUGCUCGAAAGGCUUGAUAGAGAACCAAACGAAGCAGCGCGCAAAGAGCUGAGGCUUUCAGACCUGGGUUCAGUUCACGGUGAAGAGCUCCGCUGGGACUUGAAGCUGCCGAUGAACUCUCAAGUUCGAAAUGCUGUGGAAGUAAUGGUUCAGUCUAUGGGCAGCCUCAUAGAGGACCUGGUCUCAAGGGAUGCAAUCUUGGCAGAGCUUGCCUGUAUCGUAAGUGAUCCAGGCGCCAAGCAGCAGCCUCUGCAUGCUGACACCCUUCGAAUAGGCAGUGCUUGUGCACCUUCAUUGACGCUUUUCGUUCCACUACAAGACACUGGAGCCAGCAUGGGGCCAACAAUUGUAUGCCAAGGUACCCACAAUCUCGAGUCGCAUGUGUCGCUAUUCAAGUGUGAGCAAGUGUUGAUGCCCCAAGAUGUGGUUGUGAAGAAGCAUGGCUGUUUGCCGGCAGUGUCAUCCUCUGGCACUGCCCUUGUGAUGAACUCCAACCUGCUGCACUGUGGCGGGGCAAACUUGUCGGAGCCCAUGGGUGGAGGCAGACGCCGGCUUUUCUACGUCACUUUCCAGACGCCGGGCAACACUCCAGACAGGUCAUCGUUUUCUCUUCGCGAAGAGUUGCUGGAGGAGUUGCAUCUCUCCGAUUUCAUUGGAGCACCAAGUUACCAUCCUGUUGACCAUCAACGGAAGGCAUUGCUAUUGGCUUCCUUACGAGGAGACAGUGCCGCCAUGCUAGAAUUUGGGCUGUUGCUGCAGUCGCGGGGAGAUCCUGGAGCUGUGGAGUAUUUUCGGAAGGCGGCACUGAACAAAAACCCGAAAGGCUUUGCUCACCUUGCCGAUGUGUUCGAACAAGGUAAGCUUGGAAUCCCAAAAGAUUUUGAAGAAGCGACCAAACUUCGAAAAUUUGGUACAAUGUUGGAAACGCAGCUCAGCGAGGCGGACAGUCUGAAGUCAGCUUAG